AAUGUUUGAAGGCACUAGAUUGUAAUAUAUAGUCCCUGGAUAUACAGGACAUAUACCAAAAAGCUUUUUUGAACAAUAAGUUGGAUAUUAUUAAGAAGAAAAGCCACAAAAUCACAUUCCAGGUAAAAAGUUAUAUAAAUCUAUUUAGGUUAUGCUGGUGAGAUCAAAUCAAUGAAAGCUGAAAACCUAUUUGCUUAAACUUAUGGGAAAAUAACUUACCAAAUAUAACAUGAUGAUUAUUACAAAGGAUAAGAUGUUCCACCUGAAUUAAGAUAUAAAUCAUAACUAUAAGACACAUAUCAAAAUUAAAAUAAAGUACAACUCAGAACAGCUGCCGAAAUAGUUGGUGUGAAACCAAAACCUAUUGAAUAUAAGAUUGUAAUUCAAAUAUUUAAACAAAUUAUUAGCCUUAAACUGAAACUGCUAAGAAUUUCUUUAAGUUGGAUGAAUAAGGUAAUCCAAGAUUGAAGGAAUCACUCAGUAAUUGGAAGAGUGAAUAUGAAUAACAUUCAGAAACUAUUGAUGAAGCUACUCAUAAGUUUCAUGGAGACCCUGGAUAAAAAGUACCAAGUAUAUAUAUAUUAAAAUAAAUUUUAGUUCCACUUGGUGAUCCAUUACCUGGUUAUACUGGUAUGCAAAAGAGAGUAGUUGCAGCUAAUAUUUUUGGUCAAACUUUUGCAAAUGCUCGUAAAACUGCUUUACAAGAUGAUGCAAAGAUCAAAGAUGAAAAAAUGAAUACAUUUAAACAAUAAGCUUCAUUUAUUCCAGCUUUAAAAAGAUGAU